AUUAUUGCGGGGAAAAAAGAAAAUUCUCUGGAGGGAAAGAAAUGGUCUUUCUAAUCUGUUUUUAUAAUCUCAGAAGCAUUUACUGUAUAGUAAUUACUUCCAAUUAACGUUACAAUGCUGUAUAUUAAAACCCACAAGCCAACUCUUUUUCUGUGCAAUAAAGCCUGCCCACCUACCUACAACCAGAAAAGGCAAGGAAAAGGAAGAACUCAACGUUCUUCUUCUUCUUCCUGACAUAAGAAAAAAUGGGUUCUCAGGUCUCUAAACAGUUGGAAAAGCGUAAAGCAAUCUCAACAGAGAAAAAAGCUCUAGUUGAUCUUGAAGGGAACUCUGGAGAAACGUAUCCUGGUUCUGAUUAUCGCCCUUCUGACAGGAAGAAUUGGAUGGCUGGGCUCAACCCAGAGAAGCUUCACAUAAACCAAAUUUUAUGGCCUGGAACCCAUGAUUCUGCUACCAAUAAGAUUGGCAUCCCAAUGAUUACUCGACCUUUCGCCCAAUGCCAGUCUUUGUCCAUCUACCGUCAGCUUUGUGUAGGCACCAGAGUUCUUGAUGUUAGGGUUCAGGAAGAUCGUCGCGUCUGCCAUGGAAUCUUGAAAACAUAUAGUGUUGACGUUGUUAUCCAAGAACUCAAGAAAUUCUUGUCAGAAACUCAGUCAGAGAUCGUAAUUCUUGAGAUCAGGACGGAGUUUGGUCAUGAUGAUCCUCCAGAAUUUGACAAGUACUUGGAAGAACAACUUGGAGAAUAUCUGAUCCAUCAGGAUGAUAAUGUUUUUGGCAAGACAAUUGCAGAAUUGUUGCCAAAGAGGGUAAUUUGUGUAUGGAAGCCAAGGAAAUCACCAGCUCCGAAACACGGAAGCCCGCUGUGGAGCGCCGGAUAUUUGAAAGAUAAUUGGAUUGACACAGAUCUACCAUCAACCAAAUUUGAAAGUAACAUGAAGCAUUUAAGUGAGCAACCACCAGUAUCGUCAAGGAAAUUCUUUUAUAGAGUGGAAAAUACUGUUACACCACAAGCAGAUAAUCCGAUUGUGUGUGUUAAACCUGUGACAAACCGGAUUCAUGGAUAUGCUAGGGUGUUCAUAACUCAGUGCUUCUCAAAGGGCUGUGCUGAUAAGUUGCAGAUCUUCUCUACAGAUUUUAUUGAUGAGGAUUUUGUUGAAGCAUGUGUUGGAUUAACACAGGCAAGGGUUGAAGGGAAGGCUUAAUUUGUCUAAUCUUCCGGAGUUCUUGUUCUCAUUUUAGAGAUUUUUAUUAUGAGCCAUUAUCUCAUGUGAUUAGUUUCUGGGUGGAAGAAUUGCUCCAUUAUCCUUAAUGGGGCAGACUGUUCAUUUGUCUGUAUGUAUGCUAAAUUAUUUGUUUGUGAUGUAUAAAGGAUUUGUAUGUUGGUGUUGGAA